AUGACCUCUUCCGCAUCUUCCGAAUCUCGGCCCGACUGGCAGACGGCUGCUUUUUGGUAUAAUUUAGUAUUGGAAGCCCAACGUGGUGCCGUCGAGCUUUUGGACUCCACAAGUGAUCCAACCUCAACUGAUGAUUCCAAUUCCCAUGGUCUUGAUACUGGUAUCGGAAUGGGCGUGAACCAAGAUGUUUUAGUUGAUUGGCCUAUAUAUAGGCUCUACGGUAGACUAGCAGAUAUGUAUUCAACGGGUGGACAUGGUUUGAACAAACACUUGGGAAAAGCACGUAAUUGA